AUGGCGGCUGAUAGUGAUGGUGAUCUAAUUCAAACAGUUGUAACGUGUGAGGGUAACCUAGAAGAUCCAGAGUUUCCACACAAAUUUAAAAUCAUUGUUGAUCGUCUUAAAUCUUUGCUUUGCAAAGACAAGGGAGAUGGUUUAAGAGUAAAUAAAGUAGAGCCAUGGAAUUCUGUCAGAGUCACAUUUUCAAUACCCAGAGAAGCUGCAUUACGUCUUCGAGAAUUAGCAGCUCAGGGUUCUCCAACACUUACACAACUUGGAAUUCUUUCAGUGCAGGUUGAGGGAGAUCAGGUAAUAUCAUUAAGGAUAGCCAACCGCUUUAGUGGAGAGGCACAGGAAAUUGUGUUACGUUCAGGACCUUCACAAGACAGUGGUGCCAAAUCUCAAAAUGAACCCACUAGCAAUACAACUAAUGCAGACAAUGAACCUUCAACAGCUUUACCUGGUCCAAGUAAUACAUCUAGCAUUUCUUCAGCAUUACGUAAUGUGGCUCAAAUAAUCGCAGCUGGUACAUCAUCGGAAAAAGCACCACAAUUUCGUUCUCCGAAUGUAGUUGCACCUACAGACUGUGAUCCUAUCCCACCAUUUCUUGCAAAAUCUGUACAGUCAGUAUCAGGCAAUAGCAAUGUUGGUGCCUCUGGAAAUCAACCAGUAACUAAUCCCAGUGCUUCGCCUAGGAAUAAUUAUAAUGGUCCAUUCCCAUUUGCCAGUAUGACACAUGCUGCCCAAGCGAUACAUAGUCGCGAAUCUCAAGCGACCACAAUUAAAAAUGCAAUGCAAUUUAAGCAUCAUGUACAACCACCUCCGCCUUAUCCUGCUCAAGAGAAUUUGGCGACAGUAACAACAUUAACUGCUGGUCAUACUACUACUCAAUCAGUUGCAUCAGUCGGUCAAUUGACAAAUCAGUACAAGUCUUCAAUUACCACCACAUCUAGUCUGUCACCAAACAAUAAUAAUCUGGCAGGGAAUUCAAACGGUAACGGAAAUCAAGUUGCUUUAUCCAGUCCACUUCUUGUAAAUCUUUUACAAAAUGAUGCUGGCGCGCACCCGAAUAAUGUGAUACCUGGUCAAAAAAUGUUACCACCAGCUGUUAUCGAUAGUACUGGACUUACAAAUCGUAUGAAACCCACUAAAAAACCAACAGUGAGAAGAAAAGAUUUAUCCUCUCCUAGUGAAUCACCACCGAAUCUAGAUUCUCUUAGAACGGAAGACCUUAUCGGAGGAACGUCAGUCAUUCCUGACUUAUCUCAAUCUUCUACAUCUGCAUUUGCAACUGUUAAUGCUAAUCAACCUUCAACUAUUCCCCAACAACAUUCAGUUAAUGUAAUUGGUGGUGCCGCGCAAAAUAUAGUGCAACAAGCAGUUCAUCAAGCACCUGCUGCUGGACAAAUACAACAACCUGCAGCUUCGUUGCAUGCUCAAGUACAAAUACAGCAAAAGUUUCCCAUUAGGCAAGAAUUGGCUUAUAGACCUUCGCAAGUACAAUUACAGAGCCAACUUUCAAUUAGGCAUCCGGUAAAUGGGCAACAAAUUAGAACACCUUUGCAACAACGACAGUUGUUGCUUCAACAACAGCAACAUCAAGUUUUAACUCAACAACAACAGCAGCAAAUGAAUCAACAGCAAAAUAUGAAUACUCCGCAUCUGCUUACACAACAGGUUUCUACGCAACAGCAAUCUUUGGUACAACAGCAAAAUGUAAAUACGUCGUUACAGCCUACGUCAGUUUCUAAUCAACCACUUUUGCCACAACAACAAUUGAUGCAGCACUCCACAGUUGGCAUGAGUGUUCCACAGCAACGGCUAAGUUACUUAAAUAAUCAACGUCAACAAACUCCUCCUCCUUAUUCGCGGCAACCGGUUCCACCACAGUCCCAUUUAGGACAACAGAAUCAAGUGAUGAAUGUGCAACAACAGUUACAUCAUAAUCAACUUAAAAAUAUGAACGUUAACACUAACGCCACAACCGAUUUCCGUUACGGGCAAAGUCAAAAUAUUCUGAGCAGAAACUAUCAGGCUACAGCUAGUAAUGCUAAUGGGACCACGUGGAACGCACAAAAUAAUUCUAUUCCACAAGGUACUCAGGUUAAUACUACCCGUGUGCCAACUACGAAUCAGGUUUCAGGUGCCUUUUCUCAAUGCGGAUCUCACGCUAAUCACGUUUCUAAUAGUAAUGUUGCUUCACCUGCUAUAAAGGUCGAAGCUUCUGAAUCUCCGAAGCCUAAAGAAGAGACGCCUGAACCAGAGUAUACAUCGACUGGUAAAAUACGACAAUUUCUUAUUAAUCCUUUAACUGGGCAUCUGGAACCGAUGCCUAGCGAAAGUUCCGAUUCCGAACCUGAAAGCGCGGUAGACAACCAAGAUGAUUUCUUUUCCUUUCCAUCGCCAUCAAAUGACCGAUCGAAUUCCAUAUUUUCCGACGACGAUGCAGACAGUAAUUUCUCAAGAAGAAACGAUACAACAACAAAUACGGAUCAAUCGGAUUCCGAAACCACGGUGAAAUCUACUGCCAGUGAGGGAAGUUUGAAACAUAGUAGGAUAAAGACCAAUAGAGAAACCACGCAGAGUCCGAUGCCCGGCGAGAAAAUUAAACUAAGGCUAAAAUUAGAAAAAUCUGAGCCUGUCACGCCAGCUUAUAAAGUUGAUGUUUCGUUUGUGAACACGCCACCCAUUAGAAAAGCCGAUAAAUCGGUAAAUAAAAUAUUUACCACUGGUAUUCCCAACUCAGGAACUGGUGAUGAGCCAAGAGUGCCUCCCUUACACAUUUCCUUAAGAGGUCGUAAUGCUUCGGUAGUACAAAUCAGAAAAAAGGAAAAGAAAUCGCUAAAAGACGGUGAAUCCGAUUUGACUGGUAUAAAAAGACGGGGGAAGUUGAAGAAAAUGAAAGAAUGCAUAGAUGGGAACAAAUUGUUGCAAAAAAAGUCAUCUCUGAGUAUGAUUAUAGGUACUUCGUCCGCAUCCAAAUUACCCUUAUCCAAUUCCACAAUGAUCAAUAGCACUAAUUCUAUUAGCAAAGUGAACAAUAUACUUCAAACAGUUGUAUCAAAACCGAAUGCCUUAAAACAAGAACUACCAGUGGAUGUUGUACGCGUGCAGACUGGUGUUACGAAGCCAAGUUCAAGUAAAAGCAGCGAUGUCGAUGAUAUACCGUUAAACAGUCGAAUACCUUCCCCUUCGAAACAUAAGUCCACCGUUUUGAAUCAACCUUUGAACACACAACAAUCAUUAACAAAAAAUCAAGUUGAACUAGAUGUUCAAAAUCAUAUGCAAGAACAUAAAAUAGGAGGAGGAAAGACCAAAAGAAGAGAUUCUAAAAAGAAAUCAGAAUCGGGAGAUGGUUUACAUCGUGAACAAAAUUUGUUGUCUGGUGGUAGAAUUUUAGAUAACCAAGCAAAAUGGAGAAAACUUAACUACAAAGCUGAUUCGAUCCAGUCUGUAAGAAAAACUGAAGCUCCUUUGGCUGGCAAUGACUUCAAUACUGUCAAGAAAGUAGGGGAAAUUAGAAGAACGAGUGACAGUGAUAUUACUCGAUCCGCAAUCGAAAAAAAUAACACUUUAAAUGCUGUUGCUUCACGAUUAACAGAAGUGAAUGGUAUAAAAAAGGAUUUAAUUAGUCAAGAGAAAAGAAGAAGAUUAAGUUUAAUGGAUGAAAAAGAUCUGCAUUUAGGAGGUAAAUAUCAAACUGCAAUUUCAAGUUUUUCAAUUGAGAUAUAUGCAGAGGCUACACAUUUUAAUAGUCAGAAGACCAUUCCUGAAUGUUCUUCCGCUAGUGCAGUUCCAAAUACAAAUACAAACACAAAUACAAGUAUGAAUACAAAUACAAAUACAAAAUCUACCAGUAAUUCAUCAUUUGAGAAUGAAAGCUCUGGAUUAGUACCUUCAAGCAUGCCUGCGCAGAAUGAUACAAGUUUGUCUACUAAUGUUGAAAGUAAAGUAUCUGCACAUGUAGAAACUACUGUGAAAAAUACGCAGUCAUCUGUAAACAGGAUUAUUUCUGGAAAAAAUAAAACAGAAAUGGAUAGUUGUAAAACAAAUUCUAAUAUUACAGCAAAAACACAGACUAUUAGUCAAAAGUUAAAAAACCAUAUGGUUUUAAAAAGUGAUGCAAAUACUGCUAUCAACAGACAUAAAAUAGAACAUUUUAGUCACAAGAAAGUGAUUCAAAAUCAUGUAAAGCAAGCUGAUCGACCCACAGCAGAAAGUAAGAUGGAAAAUACACAAAGAAUUAGUUUAUUGAAGACUACACAAAAUCCAGCAAUAGGAAACUCAGUGUACCAAGUUCCCAGAUCCCAAAAUGUUGAUGUACCUUCCAGCAAGCCAACUUUACCAAUUGGAGAAAUUAACGUAACAGAAGCAAAAGUUAAGCAAAAAUUACUUGAUACUACAGUUCCAAUUGCAAUUGGAGUAGAUGCAAGUGUUGAAAGAGUCAGCAGUGGAGGAGGUGGUGAAGAUUCAGGCAUUGAGUCAAUGGAUGCUCUGUCAGAGAAGUCACCCAAUCAAGGCGAAUCUCCUUUGCAUAGGCCAGCGACUGAAUCAGUAACACAAAACAGCACAAAGGCUGUUGUUCAAGGGGAAUCUUCCCUACCAAUCACCAAUAAGAACGUGCCUUCCUCAACUAGUAGUAGUGAUAUGUGUUCAAAUUCCCAUUCGGAACUUCUGAAGUCCAGUGGCCCACAAAGGUUAAGUCCUGUGUCUGUAGCAAGUUAUCUUGAAAACCAUUUAAAUCGCAAUAUGUCGAACUCCAGUGAACAUGACGCAAAAGAUGUAUCUAGUGAAAACUCAACUUCAACAACACAAAGAACUGGUGGUCAUAGUGACUUGAUUGCUAGUUUUGAAGUGACUGAUAAUGAUAAAAGUGUAUCAAGCCCUCUAGUGACAGGAUCUGUGACUAUUGUGACAACUUCUGUACCCAGUACUGUGGAUAGUGAUAACUUAUUGCAAUGCGCACAGCAGCAAACAAAUGACUUUUCUGAAAAAGACAGUUGUAGCGUUAAAUUAGAAGCUUCUAUCAACCAGCAUGAUCAGGGUAAGACAAAUAUUAAACAUGAAGUGUCAAGAGCCCCCGAAAGUGCAUCUGAAGACAAUGUAAAAGCAGUCAUAGAUGGUAAUAGUGCAAUUAGAUUAAAUGAUGAACCUCAUGGACAAAAUAACAAUGGUGUGCCUGUAAUACAAAAUCAUGUUGCUUAUAAUAAAGUAAAGACAGAAAAACUUGAUAAUACAGUUAAUGAGGCUAAUGUGGUGGCAGACAACUCAUGUUCCAGUAGUCAGAAUUUUAGUUCCGAAAUCAAAGUAGAAUCUAAUGUCAAUGAAAAAGUUGAUCAUACAAGGCAAAAUGAUCGAUCAGAUAGUAUGAAAAGCUCUAGCAUUUCUUUAAGCGCAACACCUGUUAAGUUAGAACAAUGUUCCGAUCAAAACCAAAAAUCUAAUGUACAAAGCCAUCAACAAAUAUCUGUUAGAGAGCCUUCUAUGAAUCUUCAAAAAGUUGCAGAUGAUUUGGUUAAGAAAAUUGUGAAUGAUGCAAGUGAUAUAAAUAUAGGUAUUCAGUCACCUCUUGGUGAAGAUCCUCAGCCGAUUAGAAUUACCCCACCACUGUAUACGUACUCUAAUCCGGUAGUUUUACAAAGAGAUGAAACACCAAGCCCAGCAGCACAAAAUCCAGAAGUGGAUUCCAGUGAUGUUGAACAUGUCAAAAGGAAACGUAGGAGAAAACAAGAGUUAGAGGGAAGACAAGAUGUCAUAUGUAUAGAAGACAAUGAUGAAACACAAUUUGUGGAAAGGUUAAACUCUAACAAUUCAGAUGAUUAUGUUAAAAGACCACCUAAGUCAUUGCUGGAACAACUUCUAAUAGAAAUACCAAAUGACACCAAUGAAAAAAGAUCUUUAAGAACUAGAUCCCAAAAAUUAAACAGUCCUGAUAUUGUAAAGACUCCAAAAAGUAGUCCUCAUGGUCCUAAUAAAUUAGAGGAGAGACGCAGCAUAUCGCCAUAUGCUAAAGCAAGUCCUAAAUUAGGAGUAUCUAAGUUAUCUCCUAAUACGACAAUAAAAGUGGGGAAAAGAAAACGUCAAGAAAGUGAAAGUUCUGUAGCAUCCAGCACUGCUGAUGAUCCACAACCAAGACCAGGCAAACGAAAAUGUUCAGAAAAUGCUGCAGAACUUAUUAAAGCUUGCAUGGGUGUAGAUGAAGCUGCUUCUUUAAAGAAACAAGUACCUGUCAAGGAAGAACAGUCAAAAAAAGGAUUCAACAUACUGGCCAAGGCUAAAAAAGGUCCCAUUGUGGUAGAAGUAGAUUCGUCUGAUGAUGAGCCAUUGAUUGAAUCUGUAGGAAAAGCAAGAAUGCGAUUAUCAGACGAAACAUCCGCUGCAUCUCCAAAGUCUAAAGAUCAAAAUAAUAGAGUGCAAAGAGAGAGCCGUUUAUUAACCACCAAGCAACCGAGUACAGCCGCGGUAGUAACCGGCGGAAAGGAAAGGCUACGUGGCACUUCCGCAUCCAAUAAUGAAUCCUUAGGAGAAGUAACAACAAGAAGAUCUGUUCGACAGAACACAACUUCACCAUUGGCCACACCAGCAAGCAAUACAAGGGGUGCGUCUAGAUCUACGGAAGAUAUAACUAGACGGAAAACUCGAAGUGGUGCUGACACCUCGUACAGCGGGAACAUUGUUUUAGUAACAGCUGAAGCAGCAGAGCAAGCAAAACGGAGGCGAAUAUCCCGAGAAAACAAAUGACCUUCGGGAAGUGACCUUGACAGUGAUUAGCUACCGUCGCUCGUCAAGGCCUAUCCGACUGAUUGUGUAUCUGUUAUAAAUGGUUAUGUGAUCGCCGUGUGGCUGGA